AUGGAUGUGGAUAAAGAUGAAUUUAUCAUCGGACGUGACCUGUUGACUUCUUUAGGAAUUGAUGUGGGCCGUCAAUUGGAGCAACUUGCCUCUCACGUGGAUGAUGAAACGAGUGGAGACCCUUUCGAGUUGAAAGUUGACGAACCCCCUGCAAAUUCCAGCCACAUGGCCAGUGACGAAGAAGCAGAGGACACCGACACGUACUUAAAGAAACUAAAGAAAUUGUUUUCGCUGCUGGACGAGCUCGGCCUGAAGCUCAGCGUGGAGAAGUCCAAAUUUUACCAACAUGGUGCGCCGCCAGAAAGAGCAACCGAACGUGGUGAAUUGAAAGCAAAACGCGAGGAAAUUUCGACUCAAGCCAAGAUAAAGAAACCAGCAAAGGAGUCCAAGGACGAGCGGAGGAUGAAAAAGUCGCUCGCGUUAUUUACACAAGCCAUCGUUUUAAACAAAAACGAACAAGCUGACAGCAAGUAUGCACGACGCACCAUCACCGUCUUGGUAAGCCAGAGCUCCAGAUUCCUGGAUACUCUCGCGCAUGUGAUUCUAGCUGACUCUUUUCGAGCGUUGCAAAUACCCCCGAUCGACGUUGUUCGUGGCGCUCUCGGGGUCUUUCGGACCCCAAGAUCGCGGCGUUUACUGCAAGAGAGCAAGCUGGGGCUGAGUGGACUGGUCCAUGAAGUUCUCCUAAGACUCUUGCGUCAAGGCGACACCCUGAAAUUGUCAAAUGUUGACGACUGUUUGCUACAUCUCCGAGGCUUUUUGGUCGAGAACCGCGCACACUUUGGCGGCUUUUUAUCCUCCAACAUGACGCAAGUACACGGUACAGCACAACACGUUAACGUGAGCCACGACAAGGUGUUUUUAGCGCAUAUUUGCGCGCUUCAUACACAUUUGUGUCGGUCGACGCGGCAGUUAACGCGCGCUCGCGUGCUGCUUUUCGACAUUAUUCGAGACAAUCCGGACAUCCGCGGCUUGUACUUUGCAGUGGUGAUACUAGAGAUCUACCCGGACAUGUUCGAGCGCGAGUUCGACGACCAAUGCGUGGAACGGCGAGAUGUACUUAAGGAAACGCUGCAACAUGCGUUUAUUGUCAUUUCGAGCACAGCUGCCGAAAAGCAGCAACUCCUACUGCAUCAGUCAAGUUUCACCAUGUUGCAUCGUAUCGCCGAUGCCAUCCAUAAGCCCGAGCUGGAACAAGUCGACGGGACGGAUCUGUCCGUACAAAAACUGUACGUCCAGAAACUGUACGACCAAUUGGCCGUACAAAAUACGGACUACUUUGCACUCGCCAAGUGUGUGGAAAUAUCGUCGAAAAGUGUCGAGAACUCUUUCCGCCGCAAAUACUGA